AUGGCGGCACUCAAGCACAAUGCAUACCUCAACAAUCACUGGACUCCUGAUGAACAAUCUGCUCUUGAAGAAUUGCUUGUCAAAUACUCAUCUGACAAUGAAAUGCAUCGUUAUGCUAAAAUUGCGAUGCACUUAAAAGACAAAUGUUUACGAGAUGUAAUAUUGAGAUGUAGAUGGAUGAGUAAAAAUAGGAAGCAAGGAAGUGAUCAUAUUUCAAACAAGGAAAAGCUUACAGAUCUUAUGCCAAAAUUAACUAAUUACGCAAAUGCUCCUCCCAAUGCUCAAGCUAUUUUACCAAUGGAUAGUAAUGGUGAAAUUUUCUACCAAGCCAUUGGUGGUCCCACUGGGAUGCUUCUUGAACAAAAUGCUCAGGCAUUGGAUCAAAUUUCUGCUAACUUUGCCGCUUGUGAGAUCCAGGAAAACAUCAACCUUCUCUGGCAAACUCAAAGUAAUAUCUUCAAUGUUAUAAAUAACUUAAAUGACAUUUCAGAGAUGAAUCUGAUGCCUCCACUCCCUAUACGGCUAAACGAAGAGCUCGCCAACUCAAUCCUUCAGCAACCACCACCAGUUCAAGAAAAUUCAUGAGUUCCUACAGUUUGUUCAUGUUUUGGGGCUUUAUAUAUAGAGAUGGUUCACUGCACUUCCAAUUUACUUAGAAAACAUUAUACUUGCACCAAGUUCAUAUACUGUUUGACUUCCUUGUUUAUGCAAUGUUUCCUUAAUGAAGAUUGUGACCUCUCAUAUUUUGAACACAUUUGAAGCAUUAAAUGAUGUGGUAUCAAGAAGUUUAGUUGUAGACAUGUAACUUCUAGUUGAAACUUCUUGUUAUCUAUGUGUGGGGUAUCUCAUAAAGGAUACAAAUUGAUCUCCUCUAUUAAUGCUUUUCAAUAAGUGCACCAGGAUUACCUAGUACGGUUUAUAUUUCAUAUAUUUUUUGGGCGAUGAGUUUUUUUUAAGGGUUCAAAGAAAGCUAUUUAUGUUCAAUCAACGAACAUAGUAGAACUGUGUCACAACCCAACUACCAGGCUGUGUGGUCACCUACUCUAGUAUGAACCUUUACCACCCAAUUUAAAACAAGCCAUUAGAAAUUCAAUAGAAAACUUUAGUAUUUAAAACAGUUAUGUAAACUUGAUAUCUUUUACAAAACAACGGAAAACCACCCUUAAAAACUAAUUUAAAGGGGUAGAAGAACUUCAAAGAAUAUGAAACAACAUAAAAAUAGACAGAGUCCCCACCAUAGGGAUAGAUGAGUAGAAGCUGAGGGAGAUUUUUAUCUACGUCCUCACCUAAGAAACAUCACUAAACACGAAACUAAGAUUGGGCACCGGAUCGGAUUGUACCGGUAUCAUUGGACGGAAUGGAUGCAUUGAACCGGUAAUUGGAAUGGAACAAUUAUCAUGAUUUGGUAACGGUCCUGAUAAAUCAUUUUUAAUUAAAACAAAAAAUAGUAUUUGAGUCAU